GUCACAGAAACCCAUAAAAACAUUAAACUAAGAAUGCGCAUCAGCAUGUCAUCACUAGGCAAGGCCUGUCCACUUUUACUUUUUGUAUUACAAGGAAAGUGUGCAUAAAUUUCCAUCACAUGUCUCUGCACAAAAGCUGCUGAAAAAAUUUGCCAAAACCCAAUUCAAUACUCUCACUUCCAGUUACAAGAAAUGGCAAUUUGCACAGUUUACACUAGUCAAUCACUCAAUUCAACAUGCUCAAUCUACACACCAGGAAAAACCCACUUGGGAUUUAACCAGAAACAUCUUGUGUUCUAUAGCAGUAGCAAGAAAACCAUUAGGAGAGCUGCCACUGGUGUAAUAACCUGCUCAGUAGAUGACUCACGGACUGUUGUGAUUGGUCUAGCGGCAGACUCUGGAUGUGGUAAGAGUACCUUCAUGAGGAGACUAACUAGUGUGUUUGGUGGUGCUGCAGAGCCACCUAAAGGAGGCAAUCCUGAUUCAAACACACUGAUAAGUGACACAACUACUGUGAUAUGUUUAGAUGAUUAUCACUCACUGGAUAGGACUGGAAGGAAGGAAAAAGGGGUGACAGCACUUGACCCAAGAGCCAACAAUUUUGAUCUCAUGUAUGAGCAAGUUAAAGCUCUUAAAGAUGGGAAAGCUGUUGAGAAACCUAUUUACAAUCAUGUCACUGGUCUCCUGGAUCCUCCUGAGCUCAUCAAGCCUCCUAAGAUUCUUGUUAUUGAAGGUCUUCACCCAAUGUUUGAUGAACGUGUGAGGGACCUCUUAGACUUCAGCAUCUAUUUGGACAUAAGCAAUGAGGUUAAAUUUGCUUGGAAAAUUCAGAGGGACAUGGCAGAGCGAGGACAUAGUCUUGAAAGCAUUAAAGCCAGUAUUGAAGCACGCAAGCCUGACUUUGAUGCUUAUAUUGAUCCGCAAAAGCAAUAUGCUGAUGCUGUGGUUGAAGUGCUGCCAACCCAGCUGAUUCCAGACGACAAUGAGGGGAAAGUUUUAAGAGUUAAGCUGAUAAUGAAAGAAGGGGUCAAUUAUUUCAGCCCUGUUUACUUGUUUGAUGAAGGCUCAACCAUUUCAUGGAUACCCUGUGGUAGGAAGCUCACCUGCUCUUACCCUGGCAUCAAAUUCUUCUAUUGCCCUGAAACUUAUUUUGGCCAUGAGGUGUCAGUAUUGGAGAUGGAUGGGCAAUUCGACAGAUUAGAUGAGCUCAUUUAUGUGGAAAGCCAUCUUAGCAACAUAUCCACCAAGUUCUAUGGAGAAAUCACCCAACAAAUGUUGAAGCAUGCAGAUUUCCCUGGAAGUAACAAUGGAACAGGUCUCUUCCAAACCAUUAUAGGAUUGAAAAUAAGAGAUCUCUACGAGCAAAUCUUUGCCAGCAAGGCAAAGACUCCUGUAGAAGCAAAAGCCUAAAUUCUACUGCCUUUUCUUUCUUCCCUUCUUUUUUCCACUGUUUUAGGCUAUUCUUCAUAAGAAUGAUAAACACUUGUGUACCUAUUUGGUGUUGUAAUUCUGUGGACAUUUGUAUAACAUAUAGAAAUCAAAAGCAUAAAUGAAAUUCAGUUUUAAGACUUUUCAUACAA